GUUUUUGGGGGAAAGCGCACAAUAAGCUAACAACAGAAAUUAUCAUGCUGAUUUUAUUUUUUUUUAUUUUUCUCAAUGUGUUAGCCGCAGAAGACCUUAUCCCAACUUCACAAUGCCCUGACAAUCCAACAUUCUGUAUGUUGGAUCUUCUUAAAACUUGGGAAGAACUGAGAUUACCCGAGACAAAUGCCACAAACAUCUUGUUACCAGUUUUAUACUAUUCCAAAAGUUCAUUAAUCACACUGUGUGAGAGCUAUUCAAAUGUUGAAGAGAAAUGUGGUCUCGGAAGAUGCCACGUGGAUAAUCCAGUCGCCAAUUUUGUCACCCGUCAUUUCUCGUUUGUAUGUCAAAAGGAUGCAGCUACAAAGUACUUUGAAAAUCAACAAUGCAUAUCACUGACCCUUGUUGUAUCCAAAUGUACUACAUCUAUCAAAGAAGAACCCAAAAUGGGAGGCGAACUUUUCUGUCCAAACGUUGAUAAAUUUGUGACAUGCAUCGAGGAACCUCUACGAACAUCCUGUGGAAAUGAAGCUUAUGCAUUGGUAAUGAAGGCUAUUGAGAGAUAUGGAUGCCCUUCAAAAAUUGAAGUAGCAAGAGUCAACGAGUUUCUUAGUGUUGGAGUUGACGCGUCAACUUUGUUGAUUUCUGAAAAUUUGGAAAACACGACUGCAAAAGUGACUACAGAUGGGUCAAAACCAGAAGUUAAUAUGCUUGUCAAAACUUCACUUAAUGUUGAUGACAAAAAUACAACAUUAGGGGUGUCAAAAGAAGAAGAAGUUAUUGCAACAACUGAAUCAACUAAGGAAAAGAAAUUAAAAUCUGGAGAAGUGACGUCACAUGUGCUUGAAUCCACUACUACAGUUGAAUUUUUGGAAAAUAAAAUCAGUGAAAAAAGUAAUGAAAUAGUGGAGGGUUCUGGAGAAAAUUUGACUCCAGAGACCACAACUGUUACUCUGGAGACAGUUCAAACAAGAAGACCAAAGAGGAAACAAUUCAAUGCAGAAAACAUGACAGACUGCUACACAAGUAUAAUUGGAGACUUUGGUCGCUUCCUUCAUUCAUCUCCAUACUCUUCAUUCGUUCGAUUCCCGUUGUUUGGCAUCAAACCAAUGGAGCUGGAAGUGCUGUGUGCAAAGUUUGCAGUCGCAACAGAAUGUGUGAAUAGCUUCUGUGUUGGGAACUGUCGACUACCAGCCAUCAAAAGUUUUGUUGAUUCUCAGCUGAAGGAAGCAUGCGCAAUGAAGGAUCUGCCAGAUUUUGCAUUGGAAUUUACUUGUAUGCAGAGUGUCUUCAAGGAUAAUACUGAAUGUAUCAGUUUCCUAAACUCAACAAAUCCAAAUCGAUGUGAUGGUCAUCCACAAUUCAGAAAUUGUAUUAUCGAACGACUAUUAGGAGAUUGUUCCGAUGAAACAGUUAGACUGAUGGAUAGAUUAGAAAAUGGUUUCGGAUGCAAGUUACUUGUAGAACAAGAGAUUGAUGAGGGCUCAGAUGGGAGCGGGGAAAGUCUAGAAGGAUCUGGAAGUGGUGAUGUUCCAGAAGGUUCGAGGGACAAGAAGAAAUGGGAAAACACACCUGGGAAUUUGACCGAUGAAACUUUACUCACCGAAGACCUUGAAGUUAAACCGAAAAUUUGUGAAGGGAUUGUCAAGACUACAGCUCUCUCGUGCCUUGCCCCGCUUCUUCGAUUAUGGACUGGAAUUAAAGAAAACCGAAAAGACACUGAAGUUGUUUUCCCAAUCUUCGAAUUCUCAAAAAUUGAACUCUUGGAACUAUGUGAUGCAUUUGCAAAUUAUAGAAGUUGUAUUAAGUACACAGUCACGACAGUUUGUAGAAGUGAACCUGUUAUAAAUUUUGCCGAGGAACAUUUUGGACAAGUUUGUACAUCUCAGCAAAUUGAAGCGUCAAUGAGAACUCAUGAGUGUAUCAAUGCAAUCGAUUCAAGGAGUAUGGGAAUAUGUCAGAAGUUUAGCAGAGGAGAGACCUUGCCAGGAAAACGAAAGUGUCCAAAAGUUCGUCGCUACACAUCAUGCCUUCGAAAGCUGGUUUCUUCGUCUUGUGGGCAUUUGAUGUUGGCACAAUUUGAUAUGAUUGUUAAUCGUUUCGGAUGUUAAUUAUUGAUUAAAAUUUAAAAAUUAUUUAUUAAUAACUUUUUUUGAAAUUACGGCUAAUAAAAAUAAUUUGUGAACACG